AAAAAAAAGGUAUUCGUCCCACUUUGCAGAAAGAGUCUGCUUGUAGUUUCUUUGAGUGCAUAGAAACACCUACAGCUGUGGUUUAGUUGACGUUGAAAAAAACCCCUCAUUUUCUGUCUGCCUGUGUGAAGCUGAAUGCGUGCGUGAGUGUGUGAGUGCUUUGGUGUUUGUUGGAGCUCCAACCAGACUGGGUGCGUUACGUGCGGGCUUCCUGCUGCAUCCAUCUGACACCAAACUAACACGCGCCGAACUGUCACCAUCCAUUUCCCCGAUUUUCCAGAUGAAAGUGAAGCUGUUUGGAACGACCACCUGACUUCACAUUAACAAACGCAGCUCCUCCUGCGCUUCACCGCCCAGAUCCUCCAUCGCACUCAUGACGUUUUGAGCCGAAGCGGCCGCUCUGUGGCCCCGCGCACCGCAUCCGUUUCCCUCUCCGUCCUCCUCACACCUCAAGCUGACGCAAAACCCGAGGCACCUGACCCCCCUCCCCCAGCCCCACUCCCACCCCCACCCGGUCCCCAGCGACUCUCCGUCCCCGGCCAUGGUGUCCGGCACGGAAACCGUGCACUACAUCCACCUGCACAAUUCCAGCCAGUCGGUGCUGGAGGCCCUGCGGACGCAGCGGCGGGAGGGGCUCUUCUGCGACGUGACCGUCCGGAUACACGACGCCUCCUUGCGAGCCCACGCCUGCGUCCUGGCGGCCGGGAGCCCGUUUUUCCAGGACAAGCUCCUGCUGGGGCACUCUGAGAUUUCCGUGCCGCCCCUGGUACCUGCGGAAACAGUGAAGCAGCUCGUGGAUUUCAUGUACAGCGGCUCCCUGGUGGUUUUGCAAUCGCAGGCCCUCUGCAUCCUGACGGCUGCCAGCAUCCUGCAGAUCAAGACGGUCAUUGAUGAGUGCACUCAGAUCAUCUCUCAGAGGAAGGCGGCGGCGGAGGCGGCGAGUGCAGCUGCAGCAGCAGCCGCAGCAGCUGCAGGGACAGGAGCCGGAGGAGGGAUGCUUGCUGGAGUUCUCCCAAAACAGGAAGAGCGUGGCCUGAGCAAAGGGAGGGAGAGCGGCAGCAGUGGGAGCUGCUCUGUUGGUAGCGCAGGUGGGGUUGGAGGUUAUGCAAACUUCUCUAAUUUCAUGACAGAAUGUGGGGCUAGCAACAUGCCCGGUGGUUUGGGGGGCUCCAACGUCGGCAUCAGUGACAGUGGGCCGGGUCCCAUGGAUCAAAGUAGCACUGUUAGCCUGAUGGCGCUGGGGGAGAUGGGGCCCAGCUCGAUGUGCGGCGGCGGAGACGGGAUGGCCCCCGGUUCCGGCCCGGUUCUCAUGAAGCAGACCUCCAGCUGCACUCAGGACGUCCGGUACAAGCUGCGAGACCUGCUGGUGCAGACCGCCAACGGAGCCGGCACCAGUAGCACGGGAAGCCUGUCGGCGGGCUGCAGCUCCGGGGUGGGCAGCGUGGACAGCGUUGGCAGGGACAGCCUCCGUGGCAAUGCUGCUGACCUCUCCGACGACCUGGUGGGGAUGGACCGCUACAGCGAGGAGGAGGACCUGGACGGGAGGGAGCGGGGAAGAGACGGAGACAGAGACAGGGGGGCGAGCCACAGCCGCAAGCAGAGGCAGCCGCUAAGACUCCAGGUGCUGGGAGGAGAGGGAGUCGUGGUUAAAGAUGAAGGCGUGCAGGACUCGGAUGGGACCGUCUAUUCCCUGGAGGACGGGAGGCGGGACCAAGAGCAGGAGGGCGCCCAGGACUCCAUGGCCAGCUUCGGACAGGAUUUCUAUGAUGACCACGGGGUUUUCUCAGAGAGUUUCUGGCCUCAGAGUGAACCUCCUCAAGCCAUGACGUUUAAUCCCAGAGGAAGGGUCAACAAGCCGCUGACUCCGCCUCCAUCCUCGCAGUCCAUCAACAACCAGCUUCUUUUCCAGUACCCAGUGAGCCACUCACAGCCUCCUCCAUUCUACGUGGGAGGACCCAUGGGAGGGAUGGACAACAUGGCGGGAAGUGAGCCGUCCCAACAGGCUCCGCCCCCUGCGCCGAUGACCCCUGUCCCCACUUCUUCAGCGUCCUCCUGUUCGGCAGGGCCCUCUCCUUCCUCCCAGGGAUCUGAGACCUCGUUCGACUGCACGCACUGUGGCAAAUCUUUGCGAUCCAGGAAGAACUACAGCAAGCACAUGUUUAUCCACUCGGGUCAAAAACCUCAUCAGUGCUCCAUCUGUUGGCGCUCCUUCUCCCUGCGGGACUACCUCCUCAAACACAUGGUGGUGCAUACUGGCGUCCGGGCCUUCCAGUGCACCAUGUGCGGCAAACGCUUCACACAGAAAAGCUCCCUCAACGUGCACAUGCGCACCCACCGUGCCGAGCGCACCUUCCAGUGCAAUGUUUGCCACCGGGCAUUCACCCACCGCACCUUGCUGGACCGCCACGCCUUGCAGCACGCCCACCACGCCCCGCAGACCCUCGGCCCGGGUCAGGGACGUGGAGCCGACAUGACCUCACCUACCAAGCACAGUCCUCCAGGUAUGGGAGGAACCUCAGGUAUGGCUGGCUCAGCUGCUAUGGUUGGCAGCAUGCCGAGCAUGUCCAGUCAUGGAGCUUCCUCCACCUAAAUAUGGGAGGAAACGGGAGAAAGGGAAAUUCAGGGGAGAGGAGGAGGAAAAUAGUUAGCUCAUUCCUCAAACCAACGCUUAACACUUUUAAUUUUAUUUUUUUUUUUUUUUCAUUAUUUGGUGGUAAUGGCGCUUACAGCAGGGGUGUCCAAACGUAUCGCCAUGUAGGCCAAAAAUAUAGAUUCAAAAGGCCAAAAACACCAAACAUGAAACCAAUCAAAGAAAAGUAGCCCUAUACAUAUUAUAGAUCCAAAAUUAGGGCAUUUGUAGACAGAAAAAAAGGAUAAAAUUUUCAACAAAAACUCAGAAAUGUUGCCAUUAAUCUGAGACAUUUUCUAGAAAAUUUUAAAAUUUUCUUGAAAAAUUCUCAAAAGAAUUUAAGAAAUUUUGUAGAAAGUUUCUGAUAUUAAUCUAAAAGUUUUUUUUUGUUUUGUUUAGAAAAUUUUUGAGAUUACCCUCAAAUGUUUUUGGUGGAAAUGUGCAACAUUUUUUUAUCUUCCACAAAAGCCCUUAUACUCCUCUGUAGAUUUUACAUGUUUACUGUAUUAUAAAAACAAAUCCAGUUUUCAGUUUCUUUUGGGCUCGAUUGAAUAAAUUUUCAGUAAUAAGAACAGAAUCUGGGUUACUUUGUUUCAAACAGUUUGCUAUUUAAACCGAGUUUAAGAAGGAAUAAAACCUGAUUUGGUGGCGGCAAAGUUGGCUUUUCUGUAAAAGUUUGUGUUUUUAAAACCAUGUUUUAACAAAAGGUAAAACCAAACCCAAAGUAUUGGGUUGUACUUUACAUUUUCCUGUGUAGGAAAAUGUUGUUGGUGACAAUUUUUCACCUUGGUUACAAAUUAAAAGUCUGCAUCUACGGGUCAAAUUUUAAUCACAUUUGAACUGCAGAUGUGGGCCGCACAAAAUCAGUCCAAGGGCCACAAAUGGUCCCCGGGCCUCACGUUGGACACCCCUGGCUUUCAGGCUUACAUGUCUUAUUGCAUUAGCUUAACUCCACCUUCAGUCAGGGUUUGAGGGUUUAGGAGAAAAAGAUGUUCAGUUCCCAGAAAGCUAUAAUAAUAGUUGUAGCCUGAUUAUUUUUUAUUUUUAUUUUUUUCCUGUUUUGCGAUGUAUUGCUAAGAGCAAAGUGGUAAAUCCAGCACGUGUAUGAACAGCGCUUCAAAAAGUAUUGAAUUAAACAUUUUUGUAGAAUAGUGCAGAAACCCUGUUUCAUAAAGUCCAGAGAGAUUAUGAGUUCCAUUCACCUUCGAUGAGUUUCAUUCAGGAUCGGUUCUCUUUUAUCUGUUUAAAGCCAUUUCUAGUCGGUGACCAGUUGGAUGUUUCAAGUGAAAUAUAAAGUAUCGGGGUUAUUUUGGUGGCAGAGUUGACUGAAUAACUGUUUUUAAAAGCUCACCAUUGCAAAAACCUCUCAAAGAAUGUUCUUUACUAAUCUAAGAAGUCUUUUUAAUGAUAUUCUAGAAAAGGUAUUGAAACUCCCAAACACAAAUUAGUUUUUCUGUUUGGAUAACACUGUUUUAGAAGCUAAUAUAUGCAACAAGCGGCUAGAUGUCUGUUGGUAAAAUAAACAGCAGGCUAGGGACCAGGGACGCUAACACAGAUGAUAAACAACACAAUGUAAGCUUGUUGCACCUUUAUUACAUUAGCUCUAAUAAUAAAACGGCCAUAUAUUACAUUAAUAGUAAUAUAAUUUUUAAAUGAAAGCAAUUAAUUUCAUUUUAAGCAUUUUUUAAAACUUCCUGCUUCGACUUCAUACCCAUAAACAAAGGAUUUCAUAUCCCUUUAAUAGUUUCAGAUAAUUUUAUUUCUCUUGUGUUUGACUUUAUGAUUAUGGGUAAUAUUUUUUGAAGCAGAAAAUUUGAUUUAUCACCUCGGCAUCACUAACAUCUCAGAUAAAUUGUUCAAACUUAAUCAUAUGUACGCUAAUGAAGCGUUAACUUGUGAGUUGACAAUGAAUUUGAAGAUCUGUUCACAUGAUUAAAGAACUUUAUCUUUAGAAUGUGUGCAGCAGAUUUAUAUGAAAUUGAAAGAGUCACUAGCUGCGUCUAAAUUGACAAAACUGCGCAAUUUGAUAUUUUGGAAAUAAAUCUGCUUAAUGGAAACAUGCCAACUUAAAAAAAAACAUUUUUCAAUAAAAGAUUUUGGCACUUUGAUAAAGUGUUUUAUUUUCAGUCAGAUCAAAAUUGGUUUAUUUGACUGAUUUUGCAUCACAUGAUCAACAACCGGAUAUUACUACUGGUGGAAACCAGGAAAAAGACGAGGACAGGAAGUCACAGGAGGAUUAUGGCGUGUUGGUUUUUUAAGGAUUUAACCAACGUUUUCACAUUUGGUUUUAAUUGUUUCUUAUUAAAUGGAAACAGCUACUGCGAAGUUGUGUGUUUUUUACUUAAAUGGACUAUCGACAAAGUUUGGCACACAUUUGGAAUGGAAUUAAAAUCAUGCUUGAAAAAAUGUGUUUGCGUAAUAAAUCUUUACAAAAAACAUGUUAGUAGGUCUAUCACAAUAAAUUUUGCUGCAUGAUAAAUUAUCCAGAAGUUAUUGCGAUAAACAAUAAUAUUGUUUUGAGACCAUUUUCGAGUAAUACAGCUGGAAUGAAAUAAUGCAAGAAGACCCUCUCAAAGAUCAAUAAACUUUAAAUUCCAAUGAAAAUUUUAAUUCAGUGAACUGGAAGACAUUUUAAAUAUCCAAAAUAAAUAAACAAAACAACAGAAACGGCAAAUAAUAUUAAUCGGAAAGUCUCUGUAAACAAAAUUUUUCUUCAAAAAAGGGCUAGUUGAGACCAAGGAAGAAGAAUUUUGUCCUCCAGUUUUUGGUAGAAAGAGAGAAAAGAAAAAACCAAUUAAUCAGAUUAUGGAAAUUAUUGAGCUCAUUUUAAUUUAGCAUGCGAUUAAUAAAUGUUACGUCAGAUUCCAACCACUUCCUGUCGUCUUCUUUGUUGUUUCCACCAGUAGUAACAUCCCGUUGUUCGUCAUGUGACCCUGUAAUGCUAAAAAAAAAAAAAAAGGUUUCCAUUGCCGUUUUGUGGAAAAACACUAAUUUUGGUGCAGCUGAAAAACCACUUCAUCCUAACGAAAAUAUGUUUUUUUUUUGUUUUUUUUUGUUUUUUUUUUUUAAAUUAGCAUGUUUCCAUUGAGUAACUUUACUUUCAUAAUUCCAAUUUUUGCCAAUUUUAAGGUCAAUGGAAACGCAGCUAGUGAGGAAAGUUGGUGUUUACAAGCCAACGCAGAACAUUGUUACUUCCCUGUACUCAUUUAUUUUACUUUUCCUGGGGCCCCCUCCUGGCCUGGAGGCCCUAUGUAGUGGCUUAGUUCACUUGUGCCUUGGGCCAGCUCAGCAUUGGCAUCAAAUAAGCACACUCCCUUACGGGGGAAAAGAAAACAAAACAGACAAUAGAAAAUUUAAAUGAUCAUUUACUGGUUGUAUUUAUUAAUCAAUUCAUUCUUUUAUGGAGGAAAGCUGUGUUUGUACCGAAAACAUUCAGGUAGGAAGCGACCAAAACUGUAAAGCGAAAUGGUAAAGUGGUGAAAUGACCGCCAACCCCACCUGUAACACUAUUACUCCCCGCAUAAAACAUGUAUAUAAAUAUGUAAAUAAUAAAAAGUGACUCCUGAAGGAACUGAGUUGAAGGUGAAUGGAACCUGGGAUUAUUCAGGAACAAACCAGGGCGACACAUGGUGCUUUUUUUAGGGAUGUGUUGAUGCAGAUGAAGCAGUGAGACUACAGGAAAUCAUUGAAGUGGGUGGGUGGGAUUAUAGGGAGGGGGUGGGGGGGUUACACUGUAAGACGCAGCACAGCAGAGUGAAUGAAAUUCACCUUGAUCUGUCUGAAUGCUUUGUAAGAUUUUCCACAGGCGCCAGCAGUCAGCCCCGGCAUCAUAUACCUCGAAUUAAGACGGAGCAUCUGAAAAGCUCAGAGGAACACUAGUUUCUCUUUUAUGUUGUUUAGGGAAACAUUUCAGCAUGUUUUACACACACACACACACACCGACAAUUACCUCAGUGGUCCAAAGACAGGCAUUAUGCUUCGCAUCUUUAAGCUACAUCAAACGAAGAAAUGGUGAAAACUAAAGCUAAAAUAGAGCCAUUUGCCUUUCCUUUCUUCUUCUUCUUCUUUCUGAACGCUUCAAACGUUCUAUGUAAAGAUUCUUGCUUAUUAUAAAACCCAGUUUGCUUGUUGCUCAUGUGAUUCUUUGGUGUAGAGCAAUUUAAAAAAAAGAAAACUUUUAGAGGAUUUUCAACAUGGAGAAAUAAUUGAAAAAUCUGCGAUUCUUAUCAGGUUUUUUUUCUUGUUGAGUGUUUGGCUGUUUGUCUUUGGAGACUCUGGCUAACAAUUCAUGGGAAAUGAUUGUUGUUUUAAAAAAUUACUAAAAGCUUUUCCAACAGCACUAUAUAUGUAAAAAAAAAAAAACUUUUUAAUGUUUAGAUAAAUUUAAAUUUUAAAUAAAAAUGUACAAUCACCCAUACAUGUUUUGACAAAACAUGUCAUAAUGCUAGUACCACAUUAAUAUUUAUUACAAUUUGAUCUCUAUGCACAAUUAAGUUUGCACAUCGCCUAGCUCUAGAUAUCUGUGUCCCCUUGAAGUAUUUGGCCUAAGGUUGUUAUUUUUAUUUUUGAACACAUUGAAGGUGAUCUUUAAAAGACCCUUGGUUUCACAGUUUUUCGCUCACUUUCCCUUGAUGUUUCUUAAUAAAAACAUUUUAUGAUGCGCAGGUUAAGCUUUGUACACAACAAAAAUAUAAAAUCUUACCAAGAAUUUUUGCUCUACUUUUAAUGCAAAAAUCUUUAAUAUGCUUGAAGUAAAACAAAACUAACUCACAAGUAUCUUUUCAGAAGGAAAUAGGAGCUUUCAUUCAUUAAGUUAAAUUAUUUUUUGAUAUGCAUUAGAACUACCGUAUUUCUCGCACUGUAGGGCGCACUGGAAUAAAGGGUCUAUUUUCGAUCUUUUUUCAUAAUACAGCGCACUGGUCUAUACGCCGCAUUAAGCAAAACAAAACAGUGCGAUAGCUGUCCUGGGGUGCUCCAGUAUUAGAGUAAUUACGUUUCGAUGACCCAAUUACGUAGUCAACCCCGGUUCUUACGGUAGUCUAUUGACUUCCUCCCCCCACCUCUUACCUCUCACGGUUUUCGUCACACCUCCAGCAUCGUCAAACCUCCUUCUUCCACGGACGGAUACAGAUUUCCCAUAUUCUUAACUCCAAAACUUGACAGUCAGUCAGUCAGUGAAAGCACGGUACGUAUUACUCCGCGACGCUCCGGACUACGGUAGCCGUAAUGUAAUGCAACCAAAACAUUUCGACAUAGCGCCGUGAGCGCCGCGUACCACACAAAAUCUCUUCGAGGUCACAAAAAAAAAAUCAUCCUUAAUCCACUAGAAGGCGCUGUUUUACUCCAGAUAAAGGCGCACUGUCCUUUUCUGAUCAAAUUAUAGGCUUUUAAGUGCGCCUGAUAGUCUAGAGAUUAUGGUAGUACUUUUUCUUCAAUCUUAAGGAGUUAUUGACUUAAAAUAAGAUGCUAUAUCUCACUGAAAAGCUUGUUUUAAGUAAAUAACAAGUUAAUAUUAAUCAAAGAUGAGAAAAAUGCCUUGUAAGUGAAAUAAUCUGCCAGUGGAACUAGUACUGAUUUUUAAAAUCAAUAUUAAUGAAUUAUUUACUUAUAACAAUCUCACCUAUCUUGCUGAAAACUUAUUUGUAAGUUAGUACACUUAAAAUAAGACAAAAUUAACUUACAAAUAACUUGAGUAAGAUAAAUUAGCCUGUUUUAAUUAAAUAAUUACUUGAUAUUGAUAAAAGAUGGGAAAAAUGUUAUAAGUGAAAUAAUCUGCCAGUGGAAAUAUUCAUUUAUUUUUUUUUUAAUAAAAAUUACUAGAUUAUUUACUUAAAACAAGCUCCUCUAUCUUGCUGAAAAGUUCCUUGUGAUUUAGUUUUGUUUGAUUUCAAGCAUAAUAAUAUAUUUGCACUAAAAAAAUAGACCAAAAUUACUUAAGAUUUUGUAUUUUUACAGUGUAGGAACUAUUCUUACUGACAUAUAUGUAGAUAUUCUCAACAAGUGACAAACUUUGUGCUUGAGAACUUUCCAAGCAAUUAUAUAAUGUUUUAAAAAAAUAAAAUAUUCCCUUUAAUUAAGAUUUUUAUGUAAAAGUGAAUCCAUGUAAGACAAAUCUGUAAUUUUUGUUCCUUUUUUCUGCUUGGAUUUCACUCUAAACAUUGAUAUUUAAUGUCCCACUCAGACAUGGAAGAAUGCUGCUUACUUUACUCAGAGCAGAACUGGCGGUAUGAAUUCAGCGGCUUCUCAACCAAAACUGCACAUUCAGUGCUUUGUCUCUCCAGUCUUGUGUGUUUGAAAGGAAAAACAAAAUCAAAUAAAUAAAAAGGAAAACAGUUUGGAGAAGCUAGACUGAAAUUCUUUCAAUUUGCCGUUCUGUAUAAGCUAUAUAUAUAUAUAUAUAAAUAUUUACAUUUUAAGCACAUUUAAGCCAAACUUUUGGUGCUUUUUUUUUAGAAACAUUUACCUCAUUUGCCAGUUGCCAACGCCACACUGUGGUCAGGGUUCAGUAAAUAAGCAGUGUUAAGCUGUUUCACAGGUUUGAUCUAUCCUCAGCAGUGGAUGUGCUUUUGUUGCAUUGUGUCUGUGGGGGGGAAACCCUUGUACAGUAGUGUAAUAUGUGUGCUUUGAAGCCAUGUCAGCGCAUUGUAACGUAGUGUAUUAUUAUUAUUACGCCUUUUAUUUCUGUAUUUUUGCUUUGUUGAGAGGAACGACAACUGUUUUUCUACAUGAAUAUUUCUUUAACAGAGGUGAAAUAUGUCAGAAAAAGUCAUUUUUUAAGCAAAAAAAAAAAUAAAAUAAUUGAAAAAAAGGGUCAUCUUACAGCUACAUCUUUAUGUAUAAAAAGACUAAUGGCAUGAUUUUAACUUUUUCCUAGAACUUAGAUGUUGUUCUUGAUGAAUUCAUUGACUUUGAAAAAUUGAGUGAUUUCAAAGAUUUUUCUCCAAAUAAAGAGUUCACUCUG